CCAUUGUCUAAUGCAAUUGGUAGGUCAUUUGUAAUUUUCACCAGUGCUGUCUCUGUGCUAUGAUGCACUCUAAAUCCUGACUGAAAAUCCUCAAAUAAACUAUUGUUAUUUAGAAAUCCAGCCUGCAGUCCAGUCUGCUCAGAUUUCCAUAUAGCCUGCAGUCCAUCCUGCAGUCCAGCCUUCUCAGCCUUCCAUAUAGCCUGCAGUCCAGCCUGCUCAGCCUUCCAUCCAGCUUGCAGUCCAACCUGCUCAGCCUUCCAUCCAGCCUGCAGUCCAGCCUGCUCAGCCUUCCAUCCUGCCUGCAGCCCAGCCUGCUCAACCUUCCAUCCAGCCUGCAGUCCAACCUGCUCAGCCUUCCAUCCAGCCUGCAGUCCAGUCUACUUGGCCCAUUCAGCCUGCAGUCCAGCCUGCUCAGCCUUCCAUCCUGCCUGCAGUCCAGCCUGCUCAACCUUCCAUCCAACCUGCAGUCCAGCCUGAUCAGCCCUCCAUCUAGCCUGCACUCCAUCCUGCAGUCCAGCCUGGUCAGCCUGCCAUGCAGUCUGCAGUCCAGCCUGCUAGGCCCGGCCCUCCAUCCAUCCUUCAGACCAUCCUGCAGUCCAGCCUGCUUGGCCCUCCAUCCAUCCUGCAGACCAGCCUGCUCAGCUUGCAGUCCAUCCUACAGUCCAGCCUGAUCAGCCCUCCAUCUAGCCUGCAGUCCAGCCUGCAGUCCAACCUGCUCAGCCUUCCAUCUAGCCUGCAGUCCAGCCUGCUCAGCCUUCCAUCCAGCUUGCAGUCCAACCUGCUCAGCCUUCCAUCCAGCCUGCAGUCCAGCCUGCUCAGCCUUCCAUCCUGCCUGCAGCCCAGCCUGCUCAACCUUCCAUCCAGCCUGCAGUCCAACCUGCUCAGCCUUCCAUCCGGCCUGCAGUCCAGUCUACUUGGCCCAUUCAGCCUGCAGUCCAGCCUGCUCAGCCUUCCAUCCUGCCUGCAGUCCAGCCUGCUCAACCUUCCAUCCAACCUGCAGUCCAGCCUGAUCAGCCCUCCAUCUAGCCUGCACUCCAUCCUGCAGUCCAGCCUGGUCAGCCUGCCAUGCAGUCUGCAGUCCAGCCUGCUAGGCCCGGCCCUCCAUCCAUCCUUCAGACCAUCCUGCAGUCCAGCCUGCUUGGCCCUCCAUCCAUCCUGCAGUCCAGCCUGCUCAGCUUGCAGUCCAUCCUACAGUCCAGCCUGAUCAGCCCUCCAUCUAGCCUGCAGUCCAGCCUGCAGUCCAACCUGCUCAGCCUUCCAUCCAGCCUGCAGUCCAGUCUACUUGGCCCUCCAUUCAGCCUGCA